UUAACUCUGUGGAGUAUAGCUACUCUCGAGCCUCCAGGAAUUAUAAGAGAAGCCUCCGUGAGUUUCUCUUGGUCACCAGUCCCAUCCCCAAGAUGAGGAAAGGCGCUCUCACUCUCUACCUCCUCCUCCUACUCACCUUUGCUUCCCAUGGCAUACCGUGUGCUGCAGCUGCAAGAAGCGCCAUGGCCGAGGAGGAUGCAGCUCAUCAUCGUCUGAGGCCUCAUCAACAUGAAACCCAAGGGGAGAGGAUGCAAACUGCCAGGAAGGUUGGGCGCAUGGCAGGUGGCUCUGGAGAAGGCAGCGGUAGGAACACUGGUGGUGGCGCCGCAGACACAGGGCCGCGCCGCACCAAGAACGGCGGCACUGUGGCACGGCCGGCUUCGGCGACCUCUGCUUUGGCGCUGGUUUUCACAGCUACCGCCCUUCUCUCCACGCUCAGCUUCUGAAGCGCUCAUCUUGUGGUGUUGCAGUAUCAGAAACUGGUUGCCUGAUGUUUGUCAGUGUCGAACAGUUGUGUUUACCGGUCUCCAUCCUGUCUGUGGAAGUUACUGGAGUCACAUCCCCUUAUUUGUUGUCAGUAAAACGAUCAGGCAUGAAUGAAAAAGUUGUUAUACA